AAUCAGCCAGCUUACCUUCUCGAUUGAAAACCAAUCUUCCCUAAUCCUUGUCCUGAUACCCUGCCCGCGCGAUCUCAAACCAUGCCCUACUCGCUCAAAGGCCGCAACGUCCUGGUGACAGGCGGCUCAGCCGGACUCGGCGAGCUCCUCUCCACCACCUUUGCCAGAGAAGGAUGUAACGUCGCCAUCAACUACUUCAACCGCCUCGAGCCCGCGCAGAGCGUGCAGCGCGAAUGCAAAGCCGCGGGUGUUAAGGCUGUGUUGAUCAAAGCGGACAUGACCAAUACCGACGAGGCGAGGAGGGCUGUCAGGGAGACGAUUGACAUGCUGGGCGGUAUUGAUAUUGUGCUUGCUAAUGCGGGGUGGACUCGGUUCUGCGAUUGGAAAGACCAUGAGGGGAUGAGCGAGGAGGAGUGGGAUAAGUGCUGGGCCGCUAACGUCAAGGUCCCGCGUGCGCUGCUACUCGCUGCGAAGCCCACCUUUGAUGCUAAUCCUGAGGGAGGCUUGAUGAUCACUACUGGCUCGAUAGCGGCCAUCAGCCAGGGCGGCUCGAGCAUGCCGUACAGCGUGACCAAAGCCGCGCAGCUGCACCUGGUGAAAUGCCUCGCCGUGACCAUGGGGCCCAAGAUCCGCGUCAACACGGUCCUGCCGGGCCUGCUGCUGACGGAGUGGGGCAGGAAGUUCAGCGCGGAGCGCAUCGAGGCGCUGAAAAACGCGGCCGUGCUGAAGAAGGACACGGACCUGGCCGACUGCGUGGAUGCGUUUGUGAUGCUCGCCCGCAAUGCGAGCAUGACGGGGAUGCGGAUCCAGGUCGACGCGGGGCUGAACGUGCAGGGCGCGUAGGCUAGAUGCUACUCACCCCGGCAGUAUGAAUAGUAGAUGGAGGUCCGGCUCAGUCCUCAAUCGUUUCCGUGUCGUCCAGCGCGCGCAUGACUUCCUCCAUGUCUCCCGGGCUUGUGAUUGCCCACACGCCGCCCCCUUUCACGGCGCCUUUCAUCCCGACCUCCUUGCCGACGAGGU